UCAAGUUACUUCAAAUGCACCCAAUGUUAGGCAAAAUACUCGUCCUUUUGCUCAAAAUAAUACUCUGAAUAAUUUUCAGCCAUCAGUAUCCUGUCAAUUUUGCAAUGAUCGAUCUCAUGGGAUUUUCAAAUGUGUCAAUUUUUCAAAGAUUCCCAUCAAUCAAUGUUAUGAUGCAAUCAAAAGGAAAGGGUUGUGUUUCAAUUGCCUUAAUCCUUACACUGACAAUCACAACUGCUCUUCAAAGAGAUGCCAAAAAUGUGAUAAGCGACAUCACACUGUUCUACAUGAUUCCUUUACUAGCAAUUCAGGAGCUGAAGUCUCCAAUCAGUUGGAAACCUUCUGGAAGCUGGAAGAAGUCUCUUCAGUUAUUCCUGUCUCUCCUGAGUGUGCUAGGGUUGAAGCACACUACAAAGAAAAUACCAUCAGGCAUGAAGAUGGUCGUUUCCAAGUGUCCUUACCUCGCAAGGAUUCAUUUGCCACCCUUGGUCAUUCAAGGACUCAAGCUAUGAAACGUUUCCAUUCAUUGGAAAAAAGAUUUCUUAAAGAACCUGAGCUCAAACCUCAAUAUGUUGAAUUUAUGCAGGAAUAUGAAGAUUUAGGUCACAUGCACCCUGUACCGCCACCAGCCCCUGAGGAACAAGUCUAUUAUAUUCCACAUCACACUGUCUUCAAGCCCGACUCCACUACAACCAAAACAAGAGUUG